AUGAACAACCUUCCAGACACAAAGGGAGCACCAGGGAACAGCAGGCGAAGGUCCACCUUAAGACACUCAGGGUUGAAGGUCUCGAGCAGUGUUAGGCCCAUGGACCGUGACAGACAAGGGAGAACGCUGCAGAACGUGCACACGCCCGCCGGGUCCAGAACAAAGAAUACUAACGUACCUCACCGCUCGGUCGUGGAACACACUAGCAACGAUAAGUGGCUCUCACCGCCACUGACAAACCACGAAGAGCCUAGGUCAAGAGCAACGGUGGCUCCAAACAACACUCCAGUGGUCAGCAGGAUCGCUUCACCUCUUGGAGCUGCCCUGGGGACACCAGCGGCUAUGUUGCACAGGGGGGUCCCUAAGGACACCGUGCAACAGGCCCCACCAACGUCUCCAGACUUCACACACUACACAAGCGACCCACGAGCGACCACUGAGGGUGCUACACACCGUUUAACCGCUCAGAGUCAAAACGUGACGAGUGACGAAAAUUUUACGGUGAGGAAAAACCCACUUCAAAAGGAAGAAAAAACAAAAUAUGGUAUAUCGAAUUUUUUGCCGCCAGUAUUGAAAUUUCACAACAACAACAACAACAACAACAGCAAUAGCAACAACAACAGUAGCAGUAGUGGGAUCAUACUGCCACCCCCGGUGAGUACCAAUAGAGGAAACAUUGCUACCGAUUUCAGUGCAGUUCCGUCUUUAGGGAGCAUAUAUGGGACUCGUAAUAUUGAUAGGAGUAUGACGUUUGAUGAUAAAUUGAAAGAUAGUAUUCCAUACACAGGAAGGGAGAGGUUUGGUGAGGACGCAAUGUUGAAUGCUACAGCACUAUUGACCGACACAAUGGACAGGGAGAAAAACUCCUCGUAUGCGCUGCCGUCUCUCAACAGAAGGAGAAACACUUUUUCUGAGUCAAACUCUAGGACACCGUCCGCACAUAUUAGAAAUACACCGGUGCAGGAAACUGGUAACUUCAAAAAUGGGAUGUUAGACAUGGACAGUAAGCUUAAUUUGGAACCGAAUGGCGACAUGGCUGAAAAAAUGGGACUGUGGUCAGCGGGGAGGCUCAGCGAACUUGCAUUUCAAAGGUCUAACGACAGGGGCGGAUCCUCCAUUAUGACUGAGGACGCAAACAUAAACUCACCUGAGAUCACCACGGAACCGAUCACACUGAGGCAACUAAGCCUUCACAAUUUGGGCCGACCAACUUCGAGCGGGAGGCAGGAAAACCCAACAAUAGACCCGCUCACGCUCGCAUCAUCAUCAUGGAGAGCAAACAUGGCACAGAGACAAUACCAGAACAUGGAGGACAGAGAUUUGACCAGCAGGUUUAGGACACCAUCUAUUCACACUAUCCAUAUACUGCCGAAAGUGCUCGAUACAAAAAUGGACGGCUUGAAACAUAGAAUGCUGAGCGCACCCAGCAAAGACGCUCACAUGGGUCACUCCCAACCGUUGCGACAGGACUUCCAGUUACAUGGGAGAACGAGCGAUAGCGAUCUGGACACAGCGGCUGUGGCUCUCUCCGCUCUAAGGUCGUCACCUUUCAAGUUCCCAGACCGCCGAUCCUCGUUGUCGUCCAUCCCGUGCCAAUCAGCAGGGAAUAUAGCCCUUUCCACACAAGGAUCCGCAUUCAGCAGACCGCAUUCCUCCUCUUUUUCCUCCGUGCUGCGGGGGCCACAACAGAGACCCAUCUUGAGGAUACACCAACGAGAAGCGCCGACAAGCAGCAAUUCUGGUGUCAACCACAACACGUAUAACGCCUUCUCAGACACUAGUGACGAGGACUCCUCGCGAGCAGGGAAGGCUUCAUUCAACAUGAUCCCGCCCUCGGAGCGGAACGUCACUUGGAACAAAAACGGGAAGAGGGUAGACAAGGAUACACUUCCGGAGAUGGAAUCUGUAAAGAGACGCAGGGGCCGGAGGAAGAGGAAAACCAGCGUGUCGACCACAUAUGCGGAAUCAGAGUCAUCGGAAGUCUCUGAGGAUGAGCUUGAAUGGAGAGAGUCUGAUGACGCAAGCGCCAAAGUGUCAGAGGCGGACGACAUGGCAGAUCCAGACGCGUUUGUCGUCAAACAGAAGAGGGGGAGGCCCAGAAAUUCAGACAGCAAGCGGGCAAUCCUUGAAAGGGAACAGAGCACAGGGAAGAGGCGUGUUGGAAGACCUCUUGGGUCCAAGUCCAAAAAGAACAAAGGGACGCCGCCCAAGGUCAAACCCGUGAAAAGAGAAAAGAAGGGACCCAAACCUGAUAAACCAAAUACGAAAUUCGUCAAGGAUGGGGGGUCAGCGUCUUCUUCUACAGGGACCAGGUCCAGGACAGGUUGCUGGAUUUGUAGACUGAGGAAGAAGAAAUGCACAGAGGAAAAACCAAACUGUCGCAAUUGCGUGAGACUCAAUUUGGAAUGUUUCUACGAUGUAAUGAGACCUGACUUCGUCGCAGAUCCAGCGAAGAAGCAGAUGAAACUGGAGGAGAUCAAGAUUCACACGCGAGAAGCGAAAAGAGCCGCAUUGAAGAGAAGAAACGGCCCACAGGGGAACCACCCUACUGACCAUGACGAUACCAAAAUCAAAACGGACGAUGUCGACGGGAAAACCCCCAGCGAGAUUAACGAACACCACAACAGUGGCGUUCCAAAUACCAAUCCUAUAAUCACUUAA